AUGUCAACCAAGCAACACCUCUUCUUUUAUGCAAAGGAACAUGGUUGGAAAGACCAGCAGGCACAGGCGGCAUCUCUCACAGCAGAGACCAAAACACCAUGGGACCAGCAGUAUAUCGAGGGCGUCACAGACCCUACCAUCAAGAGAUCGCUUUGUGAGUGGUAUCCCCGACUGGAAAAAGUCUUCAUCCAAAGGGCGGUUGCACCGCUCACGCGGAGCAGAUUGUUUGCCUCAAACUCCUGGGCUAAGCCGAGCCGCGGCAAAGGUCGUGGAACUGGCCCAACUGGCCACUAUUUCGACCAAGGAAAAACUGGAAGCGACAGCACUGUGGGGUCGAAGCAUUACUGGAGCGCUGUGGAGGAGUCCAGGGCACCCCGGGUGUCGGCCAACCCAUACUUUGGUAGCCUUGCAUCCGAGGGCAUUUGCGCCUGCGGCUCCAGUAAUGUGGGUCGCCACAUGUGUUUCGACUGCGGCAGAGAGAGACAGCCGCCAGCGCGACAGGAAUCUCAACUGGAAAGCCGACAAGGAGAUGACCACAACACAAAGGUGAACCCAGCGAACCAAGCGAACCAAGCGAGCCAAGGGCGGAGGUUCUGCAUCCAUUGCGGCGCCCCUCAAGUUGCAGCAGCAAAGUUCUGCUCGGAGUGUGGUGAGCGAUGUAUCAAUCCAGGCGCCAUAUCGCAGCCGGAAGGUGCUUUCCAACGGCGUGGUGGCUAUUUUGAGAAAGCGCCGGAGCCGCAACAUGGGGCAGGUGUCUCAAAGCCUGAGGAUGAGGUAGACAGCUUCCAAGAUUACAAAGCGCAGCUGCGGAAGGAAGUGUUGAAUGCCCCAGCCACCGAGCGCGGUGUAGGCGCCUACAUCCGCAGCUUGGAAGGUGAGUUGUGGGGCCGCGUGGUCUGCGACCAGGGCAGGUCUUGGCAGCUCGCCUCUGGCAGAUUGGCCAGGAAGGAGAACGAAGGGAAAGUCUGGGUGUUUGAGAACCCCAACGCCAUCAGGGCUCCCAAAGUGGUGCCAGAAGUGACCAGGCAAAGUUCCAUCCUGGAUGAUCUGGCUGAAAAGAGGCGACAGGAGGAGGAAGCACUACAGGCAAAGCGAGAAGCUGCUCGGCGGAGGCGCCGUGAAGGUGACGCCGGACACCAGAGCCAAAGUGGCGAGCGACGGGUGGAUCCGGAUGACAACAAGCUCUACACCUGGGAAGAGCUCAGGGCGCGAUAUCGCGGCAUGUUUUCCGAUCGUGAAGUCCUGGACUAUUGGAACAAGGACUGCAAGGUGGUCCCGGCCGUCCCGGCCGUCCCGGCAGGUGGGAAGAUGCAGCACUGCCGGCCCCCACUUGUGGGGUCAUUGCGGACAUCACCACUGAGAAUUGGCUUGUUCAACAGCCGUGGAAGUCAAUUUUGUUGGUAUGUUGGUGUUGUUGUGUGUUUAUUAUUCUUCUUCGUCUUCUUAUUAUUAAUAUUACUGUUAUAUUACUAUCAUUAUAUUACUAUCAUUAUUACGACAUCAUCAUCAUCAUCAUCAUCAUCACCACCUAUGACCCAUAACCCAUCACCCAUCAUCCUCAGUAGCUAGAGAUAUCCCAACAGGUCCUGAUAGGUCGCAUCCCAUGAGGUCGACCCAAACAGGGUCACCAUGGCCACGAAGGGCGGAAAGAUCCAGAUGAUGGGAAGGUCUACAGCUUCGAUGAGCUCUGUCGCAAGUAUCGCGGCGCCUUCUCGUUAGAGGAGAUCGAGGAAUAUUGGCUCGAGGAGUGUCGCGAGAUGAGAUGAGAGCGCGCUGAAAAAAUCGGCCCAGCGGCGCGUUUUUUGUUGCGCGCCGGUCAGGGCCAUGUCUGG